CACUCAAUUGGUAGUUUUUACAAAAUAAUAUAUUACUCACCCAUUCCGCCACAAUUAUGGAGGGACAUUCGGAUUUGAUCAUUUCCAGAAUGCGAUCGUUGGCGACGCCCUCCAGUUUCCACAGCAUGGCGAGAAAGGCAGGUAUGUAUACGGGCGAAAAGACGAAUUCGUCCCAGAAUGUCCGUUGCAAGACCCGAGACAUAGAUCUUCCUGGAACGGCACGGUUGAUGAAUUGGUACCACUGGUGCAGGACUGGAGCGACAAAUGUAGCAUUCAACAAAGCAAAGCGACCGAUCUGUGCCAGGUUCAAUUCGAAGGGUUCCCCUCUGGGUUCAUGCUCCUCGUGCUGCGUUGGUUUGUCGGCAUGCUUUCUUUCCCAUUCGUCUCGCCGCUGCUGCCGGUCCUGCUCGUGCGUAAUCUUCUGCGCCAGGGCGUUUCCGAGCGACGAAAUCAGGGCCGCUGAUAUGCACUUCGUCGUGAUUGGAUGUGUGUCAAGCUUUUUCGAAUACCAGUCGAAUCCGGAACGAAAGGAGAAACGAAAGCUUUUCCCGGACGCCGACGAACUGCCAGCAGCAUCCGCGUUUGCGGAAAACAAUCGCCGACCGAAACCAUGGAGUGUUUUUUUUUUUGGGUGGACGGAAACAGGGAGCUGGCGAUGUGAUGCAAUGUUGGCCAUUGUCACGGCAUGUUCCUUGGCAUACAAACGAGAUGAUCCCGGAAUGAGUAUACGUCCCCGUGAAAAUACAUUCUGCAUGCUAGUUGUAAGGAUGUUCAAAUGAUUUCUUUGCAGACAGCUGCUGCGAAUGGAUAGGAUAUGACCGGAAUGGGAUGGGAUGAGCUAAUAAGAUGAGAUAUUUUUU